AGUUUUUCAACCUUACGCUCCGAAUUAAUAAGCAAAAGACCUCCCAUUAAUCUCCUACCCCUCUCUCUCUCUCCAAUUUUUUUUCUCUUUCUCUCUCAUCGCGUUAUCAGAAUCCGACCGAAACAGGGGUCGAAAUCGAAUCCCGAGGAGAUCUACAUACGAGGUCCGGCAAGUUCGGAAAUACGGGAGCUUCAAGAUUCGGGUUUCGGGUUCGGAGCCGUUAGGGUUUUGGGUUAUUUGGAGGGGGUAGAAAUGGCUCAGGCGUCCGGGAGGGGGAGGGUCGUCGGGGACUAUCUAGUGGAUCGGCAAAUCGGGUCGGGUUCGUUCUCGGUGGUUUGGCACGCGCGCCACCGGGUCCACGGGACGGAGGUGGCGAUUAAGGAGAUCGCGACUGGGCGGCUGAACAAGAAGUUGCAGGAGAGUCUGUUGUCGGAGAUUUUCAUAAUGAAGAAGAUUGACCACCCGAAUAUUAUUCGGUUGCACGAUAUUAUAGAGGUUCCUGGGAAGAUAAAUCUUGUCUUAGAGUAUUGCAGAGGUGGCGAUCUUUUUAUGUAUAUUCAACGUCAUGGAAAAGUGCCUGAAGCUCUUGCAAAACACUUCAUGCAGCAGCUAGUGGCAGGUCUACAAAUGCUUCGUGACAACAAUCUUAUACAUCGGGAUCUCAAGCCACAGAAUCUCUUGCUGUCCACCAAUGACAACAAUUCAGUCUUGAAGAUCGCAGAUUUUGGAUUUGCAAGAUCUCUGCAACCUCGAGGCCUUGCUGAAACCUUGUGUGGUUCACCACUUUACAUGGCUCCAGAGAUAAUGCAACUUCAAAAAUAUGAUGCAAAGGCAGAUCUCUGGAGUGUUGGUGCAAUUUUAUUUCAACUUGUAACUGGGAGAACCCCAUUUACAGGAAACAAUCAAAUACAGUUGCUUCAGAACAUACUGAAAGCAACUGAGUUGCAGUUCCCUUCAGAUAGCAACAAUUUGAGUUCAGAGUGCAAGGAAUUGUGUCAGAAAUUGUUACGCCGCAAUCCGGUGGAACGCCUAACAUUUGAAGAGUUCUUUAAUCACCCAUUUCUUUCUCAACAGUCACCAUAUUCAAGGAGUAGGAGGGCAUCAAGAAUGGCGGAUGGACUUCCUACAUCUGAACACAAUGCAAUGAUGAACAUGGAGGAAAGUUCUCAAGAGGAUUGUCUGCCUUUCCUUUUAGAUGAUGAUUCCAGUGGCCCUGAGGGGAGCCCAUCCUUUUCAAGGAGGAGGUCCUCGAUGAAGUCCACUUAUGGAUUUUCUCUCGAUACAAAAGGUGAUAGACGGGAAGCAUCACCUACCACUUCGUACAGAUAUGGCAAUGCAACACGUAAAGAAAAUUCUAGUCUUAGGUUGGACGGCCAUAGACCAUUAGAUAGAAAUCUAACUGACCCUCUAAGAUCUGUGCACCAAAAACCAGUGAAUGCUCGAUCAAGAGUUAUGGAUUCACUGGAGUUGAUUGAUCAAGAUUAUGUUCUUGUGUCUGGACCUCCAGUUGAUUUGUCUUCUUCCUCAGCUAGUGCUUCCAAACCAAGCCCUUCUUUAUACAAAUCACAGAGUCUCCCUCGAGAAUCAUUAGCCACCUCGUCAAGUGCCCCAAUGCCAAUCAUGGGUGCAGCAGCUAAUAGUAACAUGUGUUGCAUAGGAAGCUUGGAUAGUCAGAGUUCUGCUCCAGGGACGUCAUUAGGAUCAACGGAUAUGGGAGAUGCGUUGGAGCAGCCAUCAACACACUGCAUGACAAGGCUUAGUUCGUUGCAGCAAUGUGUGUCUGCUCUUACUGAAUUAGUUCAUGAAAAGACGCAGGCAGGGAAGCAUCGAGAAGCAUUCUCAAUUCAGCUCGUAAUUCUUGCAAUUUGGAAGCAAGCUCUUCAUAUAUGCCAUACACAGGCUGCCUCAGCUAUGGAAGGAAGUCCGAGUCAAGAAACUACAAGAUUUAGGACCACCAGCAAGAAGCAUAAUAGUCCUGAUAUGGACGAAAGCCUUGAUGUUAACACUCAAGGACCUGAAGAUAUUUCCUCUCAGAUUGAGCGGGAAUUUCUCCAAGAAGUUGAGCAUGCAGAGGAGCUUGCAAAGGCUAUUGAGCCCGGACAUGCAGAGAUGCCAGAUGCAAUGGAGACAAUAUUUCAAUCUGCUCUGGCUUUCGGGAAAAAUGGGGGCGUUGAUGAGCUAAUGGGUAACAUGGAAAGUGCGGCAGUGUUCUAUACGAAGGCUGUGCGCCUCUUGGUCUUUCUUCUAGUCGAAGCACCAUUGCUCAUUCUCAACCCGCCAUUCUCCCUGACAAACUCUGACCGGUAUAGGCUUCGAAAUUACAUUGGCAUACUUAAUAACAGGCAAGGUUACUCAAGGUCUCAGCGGAUGGCGAUUUUGAAGUGCGAGGAACAACAAUGCCCGCCUUAGAAAUGAAUAACUUAAAAGUGUAGUUUUCUACGUGCCCCGAUUGACUGUACACUGUAUAAUAAUUUGUUUGUACAGCUAUUCUUUGAUUGAAGGAUGUGGGAAGUUGGUGGAACAUGUUUAGUUCAUUAGGUAACAUGUAUUUAUUUCAUUUCUGUCAUUUAAAGAAUGAUGAAAAUGUUCAUAUUCGUUUACCCCUUUGUGUUGUGUUUGUGCCUGUUGUAAUGGA